AUGAGUGGGGAGUGGUGCCCUCAGGGCUCCCUAUUGAAAGACCCUGAGGGGCCCCCGGUCACGGGGCCCCAGCGGCCUUCUGGACAGUGCGGGAGGGUUCACGAGAAGCCGCGGACGUCCCCUUCUCCAGAUUCUCUUUGGCGUCCGAAGGUGGAGGGGCCUUUCGAGGGGCCCUUUGGGGGUCCCUUUCAGGGGCCCGUGUUGUCGGGGGCAGUUCCGGGCGCCGCCCCAUUCAAGGGGGCUCAUGAGGGGGCUCACUGGAGCUGUGGGGCGCCUAAGGGCUCGCGCAGUCUCAGCAGCUUUAGUCCCAAUGAAGAGGAUGCGGUGUGCGAGUCGACAGCGCCUUCGGAGGGCUUCUGGCAGAGUCCAGGCUCUCCAGUGCUGACGGUGUCCCCGUUGUGGGGGGGGGACAGAAACGGAGGAGCUGCAGCAGCAGCCGCAGCAGCAACUGCGUCUGAAAACACUGCUGUGGAAGUUCACCAACUCUCACCCAGUUCGGCCUUUGAAGCAGAGGAGAAGGAAAGAGAAACAGCAGAAAGCCUUUUGCUGCCGCCCUCUGCUGCCACUGUUGCUGCUGCUGCUGCCCAUGAUUUGAGCAGCAGCAGCAUUGGCAAGGGGGUGUCACCUUUGGUUCAUUUUCUGAGGACUUCUAAAGCCCUCAAGCUAUCACUGACUCGCACAAUGGAGAUGCAGCAGCAGACGCUGCAGCUGCUACUGUUGCACCCGCAUAUCGCACCUCCAGACUUGGACGCCCCAUGCUGCUGGUGCUCAGCAGCAGCGGCAAACCCGCAGCAGCAAGAGCAGCAGCAGCAAAGCGGGUGCGUUGUCCUACUGCAGAUCGAGAUGCUGCAGCAGCUGCUGCAAGAAGCAAGCUCACAGCUGCAGCAACGCCAGGACGACUUGGUGGAAGCUGAAAACCAUCUACAACAGCAACAGCAGCAAGAGCAGCAGCAAGACAGGCUGUCGGCUUUGCUUCCACAUUGGCAGCAACAACAGCAGCAGCAACAGCUCGCAGCAGCGGCGGCAGAACUGCGAAUACGCCGCAGUGUGCUCAGGCACCAAUGUGCAGACUUCCAAGAGGCGUUGCUGCUGCAGCAGCAGCUGCAGCAGGAGGCAAAUGCCCGCUGGCUGCUAGAAGCAGCAGACCAAAUUAGAUGCUCAUUUCCUGGUGCUGCUGCUGGACAGCUGAGCGGUCUCUUGGGGCCAUUGUCCGCCUCGCCAUGGGCCGGCCAAAUAACCAGUGUAAGCCACUACAGCAGCAGCAGCAAGGGUCUCGUGGGUAACCAACUGUCGGAGAAGAGGAGCAAACUGCUGAAGCUGGAAGAAAAGCUGAGGGAGUUACAGCAGCUAGCAUCGUUGCUGCAGGAGCAGCAGCAGAGGCGACAGCAGCAGCAGCAGCAGCUUGCUGCUGUGACAACACAGACUGAGAAACUCACAGCUGCAGCCUGCACCGAUUUGCUGCUUGCCCACAAAUACAGGAAGCAAUCUAUUAAGUUCGCUACUGUCUAUGACCAAUUGAAGGAGCAGCAGCAGAAGGAGUGCAAACUGCCAGUGCAGCAGCAGGAACGAAGUGCAGCAGCAGCACCAGGAGCAGACAGUGCAGAGGAACGAGAGCAACAGCAGCAUGAGCAUCAAGCUGCAACAGCGCUCUGCUGUUGUUCUGCCUUGGAAGCAGCGGCGGCGGGGGGAACAGAAAGCG